GUCAACAAUCGACAAUCUUCAGAAAAAAUUGACAGACAGCGUCAAGAGAAAAACGAAAACCUCACUUCACUAUUUCUAUUUUUUGUGCAAGAUAUCGAAUGGAUAAAUCUGUAAUUAAAAUUUAAUUACUAAAAUUCAGUUUAAUUCUUUAGCACGAACAUAUUAUCAUUCUGGAUUCCCAAAAGAGGACAUAUUUAGACAUCUACAAGAUGGAUUUGGCCGAGACGAUGAAGAGUGUAUUGGCUAAAAGCACUGGAACUUCAAGUGGAGCGGCGAGUACGUCAAGCUCAGCGACCCCGCACGGCGCCGAGGGCUAUGUCACCGAGAAACUGUACAUGCUGCUGCAGCUAUACCUACAGAACAAGGGCUGGAGCCCCAGCAUAGAACUGUUACAGUGUUUCAGUGAUCUCAAAGAGUCCUCCAUGCUUCCCAGUGCUGCAUAUUUACAAAUGAUGGCAUCCAGAGUGGGUUUAGAUACACAGGGGAGACUGAUUCUUCGCGAAAAUGGCAAAAUUAUAUUACCAUAUGAACAUUUCGCAAAUGCUGUUAUGUUGAAACACAUGAAUGGGCCUCAUGGACUCCAUUUAGGAUUAGAAGCCACUGUCAGAGCUGUUGUGGAGUCAUAUACAAUAGGCAGAGAGCAGUUUGGAAUGGAGAAGGAGUUCAUUAUAGAAGUAGUGCAGAACUGCCCCAACCCAGCCUGCCGGUAUUACAAGAACCAGCUAGAGAUGACACAGAAGUCAAUACAACAGCAUCUGUCACAGCAGCCCACAUACAUACCUGAUGCGGGUGCUUCCAACUUGCCUGACAGCCAGGCGGUGGAGCGUCUGUUACGCAGCACGGCUCUCGCACAAGACUACCAGCUUCCGCUUGCACCACAUCUCGCCGCUCUCAGUGAGUUGUUAUCAAGCCUAACAGGCGAGAAGUCAGAUCGUCGCAGCCAGGACAAGCUAUCACAGCACCAACAGAUGCUGCUUCAGCAUCAGAACCGAUCACUGGGCCAUCAGUCGUCCAUUGACAAGUACGCUCACUCUCAACAACGCUCCUCCAGCUCUUCACAAGCCAGUCUCGACACCAAGUCUAAGCAUCAUUAUUCUGAUGAGCAUAAGCUCACUGAUUUCCUGAGGGCUAACCUGGAGAGCCUGGAGUCGCUGUCGGGCGGCUCUACGCACGCGGAGCGCGGCGCGGGCGGGCAGGAGCGCGUGGUGCGCGCGUUCGCGGAGCUGGCGCGCAACCUGCAGCGCAUGCGGCCCUGCGUGCGCCCCGCCAUGUGCAAGCCCUACGGCAAGCAGAGCGAGCAGCUGCAGAAGAUACUGUUGGACACAAUCCAGUUGGUGCAGUCACUGCGCAGCUAUCUGCCGCCGCCACACAUUCAGGUCACCUCGUGGAAGAAUGAUGAUAAACUCCGCUCUAACAACAUGGAGGAGCUGGAGAGCCGUAAGAUAGUGAGCGGCAACUAGCCACCGGACGCCAGCGCCGCCGACGGCUGAGCCGCGGUGACGUCACCACGCCCGCUCUCCACACGGUUCGAUCUGACCAUUGUAGCUUGCAGCAACACAUAUCUAUACAUAUAUAAACUACGUCUUGUAAUCUCAUAUUAGCAAUAGAACCGUAGACACAAUGUAACGUGUUAUAAUAGUGUUGUAUAUCAAUAUUAUCACAUCUCUUGCUGUAAACUUCAAUAUUCAGGCCACAUCUGAUGUUAACUUCAUAUUUAAUCAAUAUCAGCAUUUUAUUCGUAAAAGUAAUUUCUCGAUUACAACUUGUCAUUAGGUAGUGUGUAAGUUGAGAUAAAAUUUCCAUUUAUUUGGAAUGUUGUACCUUGAGAGUGAAACCGUGUCGGACACCGAGCUGUCGAAUAUUUUAUUAUUUAGUAAUAUUGUUGUACGGAUCUGUGCGUCUACGCUUACGCUGAAUUACUUGAAUAUCGGGCGGGAGAAGAUUGUGUAACAGCAUGUUCAGCACAAACUUGAUUCAUAUAAUAAUGUAGUUGUUUAUCUGCUGUCCUUGUUUUUGCGGUUUUUAUUGCUUUACUUGUUGGUGUUUGCAGAAGUUUCUUUUUAUAUUUUACUUACAUUUUUUCCAUAUUAUCUGUUGUAAAAGUUCAUACAGUCGAUGUAUGUUAUUGCUUUCGUUGUUACUGAAUGUAUUUAAUGGUUAAAGUUUUUUUCUACCGUAAUUUGAAGAUUCGUCCUAAUUAUUUUAAGUUUAAUCUCAGUUAUUAUCGUAAGUGCAUUAUUUACACUGUGAUAGAAGUGUAAUAGGAGUAGGUCUGAGCGAAGUCUUGACAUGAAUGUUACUUAGGAACGUAUGUAGUAGUGAGCGUCGCCGGCUGCUCGCCGAGUAUUAUGCGCAUUAUGUAAUAAAGUUUGAUCGCCAUGUCUUGUCUUGUGAGUGAUAGGGAGGUUAGUAUCUUAUUGAAGACUGCAAAUUUUUCACGUCUUAGCUGAUGUUGCCUGUGGAUUUAUAAAAUUAGGAUCUGUAAGAAAUGAUGAGAUGUGCAUACUGUACACUGAGACACUUGUCGCCUCGUACAAAACGGAAUUUUAUUCAUAAGGUUUUAGGUAUAAAUUAUUAUUCGUAGUUAGGACACUUUUUCACGUACCUAUUAUUAUUUUGAUGUCUCAGUGUACAGUAGAGUAAAUAGACGGUCGAAGGAGCUUAGCUGAAGUGGACUUUGAUCGAGAUGUAUCACUGAUAGGAGUCACUAUUUACUUCCAUAACAUCAUCAUGUGAAAUAAUGGACUACAUAAGUUUAAUGAUUAGUGCAAUAAUUAGGCAAAGCCUACUUUAAAUUUAAAGUUUUGUAUCUUAGUACUGUAAUUCUACAUUAUAAACAUAAUUUGUCAUAUUCGCAUCACAACGGAGGUGAGUGUGAGGUUGUAUUGUAUAGCGUAAGUACCAGAUUCUGACAUGGUCUCGGUUCAUUGGAUUGUUGUACGCAUCACAAUUUAUUUGAUUAUUGUCAAAUAACAUUAAUUGUAAGCAGCUUUUUGUAGGUAAGUGCGUUGUACACUUAUGUUGUAUUUCAUAUUCGUAUUAGCGGUCGGUUAUGACAGAACUAUAAUCGGCAUAAUAUUCUACGUUACAACUCUUGUCUCGGUACAUUAUCCAAAUAUUUACGAGGCUACUAUGUUUUCAUCGACAACUAACAAUACACCUAGUAUUAAUUAAGUUGAUAUAACCGUCAAAAUCUUACUCUUGAAAAAGUAUUAUAAACUUCCAAAAGAAUCUCUCUCUGUAUUAGAAUUAUAAGCUUUCUAGUCAAAAAUGGAUUUCAUAUUGCAUUUUUUUAUUGAUAUAAUCGGAAUUCUUUCAUAAGGUAUUGGAAAUUGAUAAAUUUUAAUGUGACUUAUUUCUUUGAAGCUCUCUGUCAGUUCAGCGUGCUAUUAUUUUUGCGCAGAAAUAACUUGAUCUCGUACCAUUGCACGUAACUACAUGGUAUUCACGUUCUGAACAGUAGGGCGACAAUGGCAGAGUAUGAAACUGAAUAUUUUCUAUUAUAUUACUUCCUCUUAGUGAUGGUUAAUUCAUACGUAAUAACAUAGUCUUUUGUAUUGUAUUGUAGUAUUUACGGACACGUUAAAUUAUUCAUCAUCAUCAUCAUUCAUUAGUAUAUUUAUCCUCUGUAAAAGCAUUUAUUAUUGUUUGGUAAAACGUACCCGUAAUUUUCAACAGCGAAUAACGUUUGGCAUCUGAAUUCUGUGAUAAAUUUUUAUUCAAUCAAAAUCUAAUUUUGACAUAACGCAAUACCAAUCGGAAAAUUAGUUACUAUUUUACAUUAUUUUAAAAUUGUGUUUCGAAAUUUAUUUAAGUUUAUAGUGUAUCAGCUGGUGAUUGCUUGGUUUUAGACUGAUCCAAAUUGAGAAAUACACGACACAAGGAGGUGUCAACAAACCUCUAGUAUUACUAUUAUUUCGCCGAUACAGAAGUCGAUUCGGUAUUUAAGCAAUCACCAGUUGUAUUUAUGUAGUAUCAAAAUUGGCCUUGCCAUGUAAUUUAUUAUUUGUAUCUGAAGAUUCUUUUAAUGUAAUGGUGGUAAUUUAGUAAUGAAAAGCAGUGCUUAGAAGUAAAUAAAUAAAUAAUGACAAAA